AUGUUUCACCGGUUGAGUAAAGAGUUCGUUGUUCGGAUACGGUUCAACUGGCGACCAUUUUUCCAGGGCCGAGCCCUUCUGCUCACAAACACCCUGAGCGGAGGAGUCAUCCUGGCACUGGGAGACAUCGUGCAGCAGACCCGGGAGAAGUUCAGGAAGCCAGACAGAGUCCGAGACUGGAGGAGGACAGGUCACAUGUUUAUGGUGGGCUGCUCCAUGGGCCCACUGCUGCACUACUGGUACCUCUGGCUGGAUGGAGUGUUUGUGGGCAAAGCUCUAAAAACAGUGGGAAAGAAGGUUCUGGUGGACCAGGUGGUCUGCUCUCCGUUUUUCGGGAUGUGGUAUUUUCUAGGUAUGGGUCUCAUGGAGGGACACACUUUAUCUGAAGGAUGGAAGGAGUUUAAAGACAAGUUUGUGGAAUUUUAUAAAGCGGACUGUUGUGUUUGGCCUGCUGCUCAGAUGAUCAACUUCUACUUUCUCGCACCCAAAUUCCGAGUCGUGUACAUCAAUUGUGUCACCUUAGGGUGGGACACCUACUUGUCGUACCUCAAACACAGAGAUGACAGCCACCUCACUGAGUUGGUAUCAGACGGCAGUGCUUUAAAUGUACAGCUGGGAGCACUCCCACCAUCCAAACCUCUGGAGGAAAAAGCUUAG